UUUUUCUUACUAAAGCUAAAUGAGUUUGAACUUGGAGUGGAGGUAAGAUUAGGAAUUGGAAACUACUUGUGCGGAGCUCUUAGUUCAUGCGGCCAUCUCGUCCAAGGGUCACGUGAUCCCCGACAGUGCUAUUUUAAGUGAUUUUCAAGACACCCAAAGUCAAUUUAAAUCCACAACAAAAUCUGCAGGAUAAAAAGCAAUAUAAUCAAACAUUCAAAUAAGUAAACAGGCUAUAUUAAAGUGCACUAAACAUAGAGACAGAUUAACCAUGGAGAACACGAAACAUGAUGACAGAUUAACCAGGGAAGUGAAUUUAACAGAGGUUAAAGCUAAAACAACAGAAUCUGGGUACGUCUGUGUGAAGAGGUGUGGCUUUAGUGUGGAUUUGAAUAGUACACAAGUAGGCCUACGCUAUUUUUGCACUGUAAAACUUUUUUUUUAAGUGUUAUGUUUUCCCAGAUUCAUAGUGUUAUGCAGCCCAGGCCUAUCUAGGAAGGCUGGGCAUAAAUUGUUUGCUCACAGCAUCACAUGAUGACGUGGGCAACAUAAACACUUAAACUCUGUAGAUUAAAGUUAAUAGUAAUCAAAACUAAUUUCACCACGAAAGGAAGUGCAAUCGAAAUGAAUGAAGAAGACAAGGUAAUUCUAGUGAGUUAAUAAAAUGACAAGGUGUUGCCUGUCAGCGUUGUAGACUACUGCCUCACAAGCCCGGGCUUUAGUGGCACUGGCAUACGCGCUUGCCUCUGCACUGAAGGAGCCACCGAACGCGUCCGCGUUGCAGCUCUCACUUUCUCCCGCUACAGUAUGUCCUACAAUGACAUAUUUGGUGGGGAUUGGCAGCCAACAAUAGGAUUGGAUUGGGACUAAAUCAAAGAAUAAAACGAUAUUGAAAUGAAUAUUAUUAACAAAUAUUUCCCAGAAGAUUUUGGGUUCAACCUAAGGCUGACUAGGACAGAUCAAUCAACUUGAUCCGACACAGUAAGCCUACAUGUCAUACGUAGCACAGAGGGAGGAUGGUGAUCCUCAGAGGGAAGGAAAGGAAGUUGUUGAGGAAGAACCGGUGGCCACGCCCAAAGAGGAGGCCAAGAAGGGAAGGAAGGCAAAAAGUAAGAGGAGUGGCAAGAAGUCAAGGAAGCUGGGCACUGACAACGAUGCAGUCUCCAGGAAUAAACACCUGGAUAGAGGAUCUGUAAUUGAGCUCCUGGAGAAGAAAGCUGUUCAGGCUGCAUUCGGCCCAGGCAACAAGGAUGAGAUGGAAUACUCCUACCCAAUCCUCAUCUCAUUCCUGCGCAAUCUUACUGAUGAGCAGUGGCAAGUGAUCUACAAAGGACUAAAAAACCCUAUGACGAAGGAACAGCUUGCCAAAUUGUGCAAGACAAUUGUAACCUUCAUCGCACAGACCACCCUGCAGAUCCUGCUGCCAGCCCUGGCCCGCGUACUUGGGGUAAAGGACUUUGCUGACGACGACACUGACUCACCCAAGAGGGAUGGCAGUGCAAGAUCCUUUGCUGCCUUUGAUCAGGAAAGACUGGAGCUCAUCCAGGAAGUUAGAUAUCUGGCGAAGAAAAUGUAUAAUGCUCAACAUCUCAGGUCCCUAACACCCUCUUCUAAGAGGUAUGUUCCCCUCAAGGUUUUCAUGUAUGGAUUUCACCGAGAUCAUCUAUCCCAGUGUUAG